AUGGUUGUUGAGGUCACCCCUAGUGUCUCUUUCUCCCUAACGCAUUGUGAUGAUAAGCUCGAGCUGGCUGGUGGGUAUGAAACACAAAUAUCUGACAGCGCUCCAUUGACGGAAUGGCCGGGUACCCAGGGCCUCUCUGGAUAUGACGAAGGAAAUUAUCUCGCUGUGUUAUUCGUUGCGUGGGCAUAUAUUCUGUCUGCUCGAUGGGCGGAAUUAUUGGAGGCUUCGACGAACCAGCGCCGUGAUUACAAGUAUAUCACUGUUGGCAAUCUUGAGAAUGCUUCACGAACCGAACUCUGCGAUGUUCCAAUUGAUCUGGGCCCCGGUGUCGAGGAAUCUGAAGCUGAGUGGUGGAAUGCCAUAUUCUCCUCUGGAAGGGGUGGGGCGACAACGACAAAAUACAAGGAAAGCGUAUACCACUCUCCCUGGGCCGUCUCAGCCUCUCAGCAGGUUGGUUCAUCGAUGGCCGAGAACAUUUCAAUGGCAAGCGCGGAACCCCCGUCAUCAAAAGUUGCCCUCGAAUAUUUGACCCGAUUCUGUUCCUACCAUCGCCUCUAUGGCCAGUGUUUAGCUGCUCUGGCCGGAGUACUCUAUAUGCCGCUCCUUAGCGAAAUUCAGUAUAUGGCGUUGAGCUCCAAUGUAUGGGGAAUGAGGUCUCUUCUCUGUGGCACAUUCUUCAAUGCCGAUAUCGAGUGCAACCUUGUCAGCGCUUGGCUCAAUCCCGCCUUUGCGAUAAUAGAUCCUCUGCGAGACCCAAAAUUGGGCAGUCUUUGGCUCGGUGCAUCGCUGGUGGGCAUCGUUAAGUCAACCUUGCGAGAUAUUCGAAUUGGCCUUACCGCAUUAAACCUCAACGCUGGUGCUUGGACUGGGACAGAACAAUCGUUUCUGACAUCGCAACCCCAGGCCACCGAUAGAGAGACCAUCUACCGCGAAGAUGAAUGUCGUUUGCUCUUCUUGGCUGGAUCAGAGGGCCACAACAGAGUCCCUAGCUGGCCUUGGAAGCCCUUUGGAGAGACUCGGCUCUGUGACACCGAGCUGACGAUUCGGCGCCAUGCUCACUGCGGAUGUCACCUGCUGAACUAUAGAACCUGGGUAUGGACUCUUUCAAAUGGGAAAGAGAUCGAAGACCCAGGAAAUCUGGGCUUCGUCUCUCUCAACGAUAGUAUGAAAUCUCAGUUACUAUCUGAGGCUGCUACCCGUGAAAUAUUUGGUUGGUUAAGGUCAACAGGCUAUCCGGCUAAUGAUAAACCAGUAUACCAGCACUCGUGGAUAGAUAUUGAGAGCUCUGACAGAGAUCCCAUGGACGACUCUGAAUCCGAUUCAACGGGAGUGUUUGCACUUCGAAUUUCUGCUGGACCCUGCCUGGCCAGGAUUUGCCGUCAUAUUCACUGA